ACUUCCACAAGGCUGUCUGCAUGUGGAAACGACCUUCUCUGGCACAGAAAAUGGGCCAGAAGGCCUCCCAGGAGGACAGCCAGGAGGACAAGGCUGAAACUCUGCUCAUCUGCGACGUCUUCAGCCAGGGUGUGCUCCACGCUUCUCAGAGGCUGAAGGACUAUCUUGGUUUUGUGGAUCCUCAGAGCAAAUUCCAGCCAGCCACAAACACGCUGAGUGAGAUCUUUUUGGUCAACUUCAUCAGCUUCUGCAUGGAGAAGGGAGCAGAGGAGCUCAUUGUGACCAGCAAAAUGACCAGGCAGCAGUCCUGCCUCUUCGGGGUGGACUGGAUCUGGACUCUGUCUGGAGCUGACAAGCAGAUCAAGCUUCAGAUCGCCGUGCACGCUCUGCAGCUGGCAGAGCUUUUCUGUGGCCCCGCGGAGGAGGAGGAGGAGGAGGAUUGCUGCCGGGAAGCCGCGCUGGCAGACGAGUGCUUCCAAAACAUGAGCUGGUUCGGGAAGCUGGCAGAGUUCUGCCGCCUGGUGGGGCAGGACUGCCUGGGCUUGUUCGUCGCUUUCGGCGUGCCAGGGAAGCCCAAGGACAUCCGAGGAGUCCUGCUGGACAGUAUUGCCAGGGAGGAGCAGAAAUGCCGCCUGUCGGGCAGGAACGCGCUGCGGCAAUUUGUGACCGGCACUGAUAGCACCCUGCCCACGAAGGACAUGCUGGAAAACUGCCUGGGCACAAACAGUGGGCUGAGGGAGGUGGGCAACGUGUACACAAACUUUGUGUAA